GCCCACCUAGCUCAGCCACAACCCAGUACACUCUUGCUGGCUACUUGUUUCAUCAGCAUAGCAAUGGCGCCCUCCAAGGUCGCCCUCUUCCUCGCCCUGAACCUGGUCCUCAUGGCAGCCGCGCAUGGCUGCGGGUCGUACUGCGGCAACACACCGGCCAUCCCAGUGCCAACCCCGCCGAUGGCCAUGCCCCCGCCCGUCAUCCCAGUCCCAACCCCGCCGACGACCGGAGGCGGCAGCGGCCCCUGCUCGAUCAACACGCUGAAGCUGAAGGCGUGCGCCAACGUACUGAACCUGCUAAAGCUCAACCUCGGCGUGCCGGCAAGCGAGGACUGCUGCCCCCUGCUGAGCGGGCUUGCCGACCUCGAAGCCGCCGUCUGUCUCUGCACCGCCAUCAACGCCAACGUCCUCGGCAUCAAGCUCAACGUCCCUGUCGACCUCGUGCUCCUCCUCAACCAGUGCGGCAAGACUUGCCCCGCCGACUUCACCUGCCCCAGCUGAUCCACCCAUCAUCCAUCGAUCGAUGCAUCACAAACCAUGCAUCGUCGUGGUCACACUCGUCACUGGUUUGCAUGUCAUACGCAUGCAGUUACAUAUUUUGUUUCCUCUUCCAGUUGGUCGUCAUCACACUCGUCAUUUAUAAGAUACUCUCGUUGAUCACUGCAUUUCGAUAUGAUAUCAUCUAAAUGCAUGGUUUGCAUAUUUGUAAAAUGAUAUACAUACUUGUACACGUACGUGGAAUAAAAUGAUUCAACUUGUGUUGACUGAA